AUGACACACUGCAACCCUUGCACAACGCCGGCCGAUACUCACACCAAACUCGAAGCCGCCGUUGGUCCCUCUGUCGCAAACCCAACGCUCUACCGGAGCCUCGCUGGCACCCUACAAUAUUUAACCUUCACUCACCAGGACAUCUCUUUUGCCGUCCAACAAGUCUGCUUAUUUAUGCAUGAUCCACGUGAGAUUCAUUUUAAAGCACUUAAACGUAUUCUUCGGUAUGUUAAAGGCACGCUUGACUUUGGACUCCAGCUAUAUCCAACCACAUCCACUGGUUUAGUUGCUUACACUGAUGCUGAUUGGGCGGGCUGUCCUACGACCCGACGCUCCACUUCAGGCUACUGCAUCUUCCACGGUGACAAGCUCAUUUCAUGGUCUGCCAAGCGCCUGCACACCGUCUCCCAUUCCAGUGCUGAAGCUGAGUAUAGAGGCGUUGCCAAUGCGACUGCGGGGGAGUGA